AAAAAUAUUUGCCCAACCAGUUCACAGUGCUAUGCUCUUUUUUUUAGUUCUAAUAGGUGACGCGUGCCAAUAGUGCCAUAAUUCAGCUCUAAUAAGCCGAAAGCAAACCCCAAAACGGCUCCAUGCCAUUCACUUUGGUAUAAAAUAAUCCUGUAAUUUCCAGCACCGCGCGCAACAAAAAACUUGCCACUGACAAAUUCAAGGGUACAUACAAAAAAACAGGUGCCAGUAAUUUGUCUCGUCAUAGGCAAAAAAGAGAAAAUCAUUUGAUCUAAGCGAAAAAAAACAACAAACAAUUAACUAAAGGUAAACACGUAAAGGUUGGGCACUGAAUGAGUAACAUUUCAAAUAAAAAAAAAAAAAAAAAGGGCCGAAGCGAGGAAUAAACCGGUCCUGGACGGGCUCUCCUUAUGACCGCCAUAUAUACAACAUCCACGUUGAGAAGUGAAAGAAAUGUUUCAAGUGCUAUCCAGGCGCGCACGGGAGUCCGUGUCUGUGCAAUAAUCAGGUUUCUAGGGAAAAAAAAACCAGAACCCCCCCAAAACAAACGAACGGACGACUAUCUAGCAGUAGUAGAGUAUAAGACGUACGAGCGUUUUUUUCUUUCGUGCAGAACAUGUUUGAUAUCUCUUGCGAGUUAAUCCCACCGCCAGUAACUCUGUCUGGAUUUCCGACCAUCAGCAAUUAAGAAGCCAACGAGAAGUCGAGCUCAUUCCACGUAGACACACUCUCUUCAUGCCUCAUCACCAGCCACUGCAGUCCAACACAUAAAACAGACAUGGAACAGCGCACCGUAACGGCCGUUACGGCCAAAAUGACGACGGCCCAGUCGCGGAUCCGCAGCGAACUUGGCAAUUUCCCAUCGGGCCCUACCAAAUUCACUGUGGUGCACAGGCGGCCAGUCUUCUUCGUCCCUCCCCAGCAGCAGCAAUCGCCGCAGCCCACUUCUGGCGCGUCAGUCUUGCUGGCCAACGCCAUGUGUCGCUUCACUCAUCACCCCGUGGCCGGCACUGCUCAAAAGUCGACCGCGCCCGAAUGCAGCCGGAUGAGUUCGGCAGCCAUCGCGACGACAACAACAACAUCUUCCUCGGGCUCCGUUCUAGUCAGCAGCCAGCAACAAACAAAUGGAAUUGGCAAACGGGCGGCGGCCGACGCUGUGGCCCGUCAAAAUAGCGGCAGUGACAUCGUCAAACCAGCAGCAGCCCGCAUCAAGCCCAUCUUGAAGCGUUCGCUCUCGGCCGACCACUUGGACAGUUUCCAACCUGUGCCGGCCAAGCGUCCGUUCCCCGUUCAGAUUUGGUUCAACAAUCCACCGCGAGGUCCGCGUCCGCUGGUUGCCACGGCUUUCUGGCUCGACAGUCCGCUGCACGACAGCCAGGCCUUCGUCUACAUCAAACUGUUGGAAGCGUCCCAGGCGCGUCACUAUCUCCAGCUGCAGAGCAAACCGCGCAAGUACCUUCACUUGACCAGCGGAUGGAUCGUGGUGAUCAACAAUCCACCGGCGGCAUCUCGCAAGCCCGAACUCAUGUUGCCACCCAUGACGGUCAAACUGAUGCCAGCACAAGUCAAACCGGUUAUUUCCACCGCAGCGGCACAACGUCCAUUACCGCAACAAAUAACAGCAAAAACUGCGCAGCAACCGGUGUUGGUGGGGAAAUCUGUCCAGCUGGUCGCAAAUCAACCAACGUCACAGAACCAGCCAUUCAAAAAGUCAUCGACGAGUCAAUUGCCACCUCCGCCGCCGCUCAUCAGCCUGCGACCUCAGAGCCAAACGGCCCAGCCACAGCAGCCGACCAUCCCGAAAAGAGAAAUUGAAUCGCCGCCUCCCCUUCAAGAGCAUCCGCUGGAAUUAUGCAACAACAAGCGAAGCCGAAAACAGUCGACCGACGACUGCGAUUCGCCACCGGAUAGUCCUCGGUUAGUGAUCAAUCACUCGGCUCCCUCGUCUCCGCUCAAUCUCGCCAUGAACGGAUUGAACUCGUCGAUCCCUGCCACCUCCAAUAACAACAACAACUCGCCAGCCAUUGCGGCGGCGGCGGCGGCGACAACCAAGCGGAAGAUUUCUCUUCCAACGCCUUUCACCCUGACCGAGAACAAUAGAAGUCAGAAUGAACCGCUGGAUUUGGCUUCGCCAAGCCCUACGGCCGUUUUCAACCGAAUGACUCUGACUGAUAUUCUGUCGCCCGCAUCUCCUGCCACCGAGAAUUUCCGACGUCGAUUGAUUCUCGUCCUACAGGUCCUCCUCGGGAAAAGGCGAUUGCUCAAUUUGGGCCACCCGGAAGCCUCUGUCGAGGAAAUCCUAGCCAGAAUACUGAAAAAGGCCGACGUCGUUCCAGCCAAGAGCUCCGACGUCCGUCUCAAUUGGCUCAAGUUCCUGCGGCUCUGCGUCAAGAACGAGGACGCCUGGAAACGCGAAGGUUGGGACCGAAAAUCGCCCGAUGCCAUCCUAGACGAAAUCUACCUACAAGGUGAAACAUACGCUAAUACUACUACUACUCAUUGGCCUAUUUUUAAUGACUGUGUACACUCUGCAAUGAUUUAUACAACAAAAGAGACUUCAAUGACUAACAAGAUACACUGUGGAUUUCAUGCAGAUGUUAUCCCAAUCCUUCGAAAGUCGGAGCCUUCCAGGCGAAUCAACGAAUACCUACAACAGGUUGAUGACGAGAAAAACGUUACCUGAUCAGCACAAUUGUCUCAUCGAUCCAACAACGAGACAGAAACGAUGACACGUACACUAACUCCCUGACGUAUAUGGCUUUGUUUUUGUCCACUUGUUUUUUCGUCCCCUUCUCGUUCAGGUUUCCGUGUUUCGAAAGUCAACAGAUUUUGAUUGCGCAAAAAAAAGAUCAAAUGAAAAAACAGCAACAACACGCAGAACUGCUCUCCUAUAUUUGAAACGAGCUAAAUUUAAAUGACAGUAGAUUCGUUAGUUUUCCCAGUCUGCUGGGGAUUCAGAAAUCAGAAAAUAACGAGUUGUACACUGAUUGCCAAAACGAGCUCAACCAAAGAUUUCCACUUAACUAAUAUAUUGUGUCGCUGGUCCCUUUUAAAGUGUGUUUUUAAUAGAAUUGAAAGUUGCACGAAAAAAAAAAGCAACUAUUAUUUCUUGAUUUAUCAGUGAAUGUUUCUCCCAUUUCGCUUCGAUGGUGGUAAAAAUCGCCAUCGUGGCCAGAUUUCAUCCUUGCAAACUUGUUGUGUAGCAUACCUAUCCUACACAGCGAUUCAACCUUCUAGCAAAAUUAAAUUUGUGGGCUCUCCCCGCCGAUGUAUGUCUCUCUACUUGUAAUAAAUGAGAUGAAAGAAAUAUGACGCUCGAUCUCCACAAUUUUCAAUGCUUGAGAGCAACAAUAAUGGCAUCUUCUGCCGGUUGAAGUGAACCCAAGUGCCAUGUCCAAAACGACUGAGUCGAUCGCAAGACCUACUUUUCCAAGUCGUCGGAGAGAGGGAGAGAGAGAGAGAGAGAGGUAGCACGAGCCAAUAACGAGCCUGACGAUUAUGUCCUUGCUGUCGUUGUGAAUAACAAUCAAUCAAAUGAAAUGUUGUCAUUCUUUUCUCCAGCCCCUUGACUGGCUGAUUGUGUAGCUUGAUAGCUAAGAAUGAUACGAAAAUGAGGA